GUCCAUUACCAAGGACAGAGAAUGGGGAUUGGGGACAUUUGGACAAUGCUCAAUAUUUUAGUUGAUACUAGAGCAAAACAAUAAAAGUUCUAUUCAACGUACCUUGUAAUCCUCUGAUUGCUUCUAUUACUAUUGUUGGCUGGGGUUUAACCAGUUGAAGAUGGCUGACCCUUCUGACCAGUGCUUGCUUGGCUCCAAAUAUGGACUAGCCAGAAUAAUUGGAAUUAGUUGUUUGAACCUUUUACUAUAUCCGUUCUGAUCAUUCCACUUGUAAUUAUAACGAAAGCUGAUUUUUCCUUACAAUGAUAAAUAAGCUAGGAAGAAUAGGUGCAUUUGAGCCCAAAGACAUUGGCAAUCACAACGUUAACAAAAUAGAUCAGACAAAAGAAAAGGAUUACUGCACUAGGUUUGACCGUGACUGGAAAAAGAUUGAAGCAUUUGUUGGAUCAAAGACUGUUAUACAGAUACGUAGUCAUGCACAGAAAUACUUUCUCAAAGUUCAGAAGAGUGGAGCAAGUGAACAUCUUCCGCCUCCCAGACCUAAAAGAAAAGCAGCACAUCCAUAUCCCCAAAAAGCUUCCAGAAAUGCUCCUAUACUCCCACAAGUAUCAGGAUCUUUUCAAUCUUCAUCUUCUUUGCUUGAACCUGGAUAUAUCCUGAAAAAUGAUUCCCCAGCAAUGCUUAAAAUUCCUAUGAAUACUGUGGUGUCAUCCUGGUCAAACAACACCUUGCAAACUGUCAAUUUAUCCCCUGUGACAAAAGUGAAUAAUCCUUGCAGUAGUGGUGAAAGCACUCCUAAAGUGCGCCCAGCUGUUGAAUCUCAUGGUCAAGGACCUCAUCAAGGGAAUAAAAUCCAUCCAUUGAGAGUUCUUCCAGAUUUUACUCAGGUAUAUGGUUUCAUAGGCAGUGUAUUUGAUCCAAAUGCAACUGAACAUCUGCAGAAGCUAAAAAAGAUGGACCGUAUAGACGUUGAGACAGUGCUACUGCUAAUGAGAAACCUGUCUAUCAAUUUAACUAGCCCAGAUUUUGAGGAUCAUAGGAAGUUGCUUUCAUCAUAUGAGGUUGAACCAGAGAGAAAUAACUAUCAAUGUGGAUAGAGUAUGCACAAUAACAAGUUGAAGAGUGCUAAUGAGAUGGAGGCAGAAAGUGGCUUCUUCUCCCAUCAAUCUUCCAUGAUUUGGUAAGAGCUCAUGGAAAGGCACAAAGUGGAGAUGUUGGAGUAACAGCUAAAUUUUUACCCUGCUCUUGGUUCUUAUUGCUGUUGCUCAUCAUUGUAGCUAAGGAAAUCGUUAAUUCUCAUAAUUCAAUCAUGACUUUGCGUAUAUAUGAAUCAACCUUUCAAAAAGAAAACAAUAAUGUGAGAAUGUAUAUAGCUAUUUCUUAGUUUUAUAGCACCAAUAGUGUAUUAAAUUCAACCAAAUAUCAAAUAUUUGGAAACAAGAAUGUUAUAUUCUAGUUUUGUGAAUGUCUGUACAGCUCCUAAUAUUUCUGUUAGGUUCAACCAAA